ACUGACUCUCUGUUUCCAUUCUGACUCUCUUACUCGCUGCUUAAGAGCAGGGGAAUGAGCAGCCCACGGAGCCUCUCCCGGGGCUCCGGGCAGGCCCCCCCUCUGUGCCCCUCAUGCUUCCACCAGAAGGCAGAGACCACGGACUCUCCGUGAGCCACCUGCUUUACGGGCCCAGCACUGGGAUGAGACCUCACCUCCUGCAGUGGCCAUCAGAGCCUCUUCCAGGACUAUAUGCAGAACACAAACCAAUUUGCCUUCUCUCCGGGGAGUCAGCAAUUUAGGAAUAGCCAGGAAAAGUGACAGACAUGUUGGCUAGCUGAUUAUGAUCAAGAGAAGACUUAAGAGGAGAAGCUGAGCCCUGUGACAAUGGAUGUCAUUACCCCAACCCUUUCAGAAAUCAGAGGGGCCUUGGAGCCUAGCACUCGAUGGGCAACUCCUGGCAGCCUGGACGGGACCAGUUCCUUACCUCCAAGUUACCCUCAUGCCCCUGCUGACCCUGCCUCGACCCAGACAACGAGCCAAAAAUAUUUAUGACCUCUUGCCUCGGCGGCAGGAAGAGCUGGGGAGACACCAGUCAAGGAGUAUCCGUGUUUUCAGCACUGAGAGCCUCCUCUCCAGAAAUUCUGACAGCCUUUCCCCUGAGCAUGUGCCCUCACACGUAGGCAGUGCCGCCCAGGUGUACAGAACUCAUAUCUGUGCGGCAGGGUACACGGUGGGUGUCUACGACAAUGCCUCGGUGCCCCAGGUGUGUGGGGACCUCACUCCCUCAGCACACUAUGUCAAUGUCAGAGCUUCCAGAGACUGCUCCAGCAUUUCCUCAGAGGAUUCGAGAGAUUAUGUCAAUGUCCCCAGAGCAGAAGAGGUGGCUGAAAAUUCAGCCACCACCAACAGCUCUCCUGGGAAUCCCUUUGUUCUCCCAAGAACACAGGAACUGGAAUUUGCUGAGGAAAGAGAUGAGGGAUGUGGCAAUGCCUGUGAUUGCACCAGUUUUUGGUCUCCCAGAACUGAGGGCAAUAACCAACUCAGCGAUGGAGAAGGUUCUUCCCAGCUUUCAAAUGACUAUGUUAACAUGUCAGAAUUGGAUCUCAGAGACUUCCAGGAGAAGCAGCCCUGGGUGGCUUUUCAGGACUAUAGAGAUUACGAAAAUGUCCCAUCAGCAGACCCCAAUGGAAGCCAGCACCAGAAGGAAGAAGAGGUGACAUUCUCAAGCACAGACCACGUACCGGGUAGGACUGAUGGUCCAGGGACCCAUGUGCAACCUGUCAUGCAAUCAGGGAGGGUCCUGGGUAUAGGGGAUUACAUGGCCUUUCAGCCAUCAGCACAGAAUGGGGAUCGUCAGAUGAAACAUGGAGAAGGGAUGUCAAAUGAGGACUCUAAUGACUAUGAGAAUGUACCAGCUGCCAAGUUAGGAGGCAGGGACUCUGAAGAGGGAACUGGCACCCAGCUCCUUCCUGAUGAGUUAAGGCCUAGCCACCCAGCUGGAAAGCCACAUGGAGUGGUUUAUCCUGCCGGAUCCAUAACCACCACAGUGUCUAGUGAACACCCAUGAGCCUUCUAGAACUUCAGUGGAUUCAUACGUUUGGAUUAAAAUGAGGCUAAGAUGAGUAGGAAGCUAAGAGGCUGCUCAAAAGCAGAAGUUUGAGGAAGCCAUAAGGGAGUUCUCGUCAAGCAUGGUGCUGUUAAUUGUUGUACCAAUCUAAGAAUGUUUGCUAAACCUGCCUUAUAGGACUGUUGAGAGAUUUAAAAAUGGGUCAGUGUUCUAGUACACAGCGGAAAUAUGAAGUAGUCUAAAAUCAUUACCUUCACUAAUACCCAGCAGACUGCAAAUCAAGAGUACAUCUAACUAUAUGAUGACACUGUGAGCGAUUGAUUGUAUACUUUGGAUGGAUUAUAUGGUGUGUAAAUGUAUCUCAAUAAAAGUGCAUUAAAAAAUAAGACUGCAUCUAAUCUUUUACUCUAGGCACAGGCCAACAGGAUGGAAGAUGUCACAGUGUGGGGGAGAGUUUUUGCUUUAAAAAGAGUGUGAGCAACCAAAUGCUGGUGAGGAUAUGGAGCAACAAAAACACUCAUUCAUUGCUGAUGGGAUUGCAAAGCAUAACAACCACUUUGGGAAAUUGCUUGGCACUUUCUUAUAAAGUUAAAUGUACUCUUAUAAGACUUAGCCAUUACACUACUCUGUAUUUAUCCAAGUGAAAUGAAAACUUAUGUUCACACAAAAUUCCAUGUUUGAAUGUUUAUGGCAGCUUUAUUCAACAUUGCCAAAAACUAGAAACAACCUAGAUGUCCUUCAACAGAUGAAUGGAUAAGCAGACUGUGGUAUAUCCAUACAAUGGAAUACUACUCCACAGUAAAAAUAAAUGAAUACUGAGCCACACAGUAACAUGGAUGAAUCGUAAAUGCAUUUUGCCAAAUGAAAGAAAUUAGACCUAAAAGUCAACAUAUUGCAAGAUGUAUAUGACAUUCUGGAAAAGACAAAACUAUAGAGGAUGAAAACAGAUCAAUGGUUACGAAGGGUUGGAGGAGAGGGGAGAAGUUUACUGCAAAGGGCUUGUAGAAGGGAAUCUUUAGGGUGAUGGGGUUGUUCUGAAGAUACCACAGUGGUGAAUACAUGACUAUGCACUUGUUGAAACAAUAACUUUACACCACAGAAAGUGAUUUUUAUUGCGUGAAAUAUUUUAAAAAUUAACCAGGAUGACAGAUAAACCUAGAAUGGAAUGCAGGCAGUGAGAAAUGAAUCUAAUUGUAUUGCAAACCUGUGACAUCGCCUCACUCAAGGGGGUGGGGUAAAAAGGAGCUGACCAUAAGUAACUUUGGAAAACUGUGAUUUGAAUGAAAACUAUAAGGCUAGAGACACAAAGAACUGUAUACAAACAUUACACUCUAGAUGGCAAAUUUCUCUCUCACAGCAGUAUGGGUUGGCAAUCCUGAAACUAUUUUACAUGUAUACUAGGAUUGAACAAAUAAGUAAAUAUAUUACAGAUAAUAAGAACCAGGAUUCUCAGUACAAGAGAAAGAAGUUACAGUCAGCAAGUGGAAAAGGCUAAAAUGAACCAGUGGUGUUGGAUUAGAGUCGGCGAUAACAGGAUGAACUCAUGUAUAUUUUAAUAUAUAUAUAUAUACAAAUAGAUAAACACAUGUAUACAUGUCCUAGCUCUGUCCACCGGGAGGGCCUGAAGCUAGUACCAAUGAACAUACCUAGAACUCAGAUCUUGAUUUCUAUAUACCAUUCUCCAAUAAAAGGAACCAGAGCUCCUUAGAAAAAUGAUUGGUUCUAGGGAAAAUACAAGAUGGGCUUGUAAUGGCAAAAGUAAAGAAGUGUGAAAAGAGAGAGAGAGAGAGAGCAUGUCAACUUAAAAGGGGCCCACUGAAAGAGCUUCUAAUGACAAAGCUGGAACAAUUUGAACAA